AUGGCUUCGAAAUUCAUUCGUGCUGAACGUAAUACUGAGGAUUCGCUCAACUACUCGGACCCAAACAGAUGGAAUAACGCCGCAGCAGAUUACAAUGCCGCGGUAGGAGAAUCCUCCAAGCUUGCUGCAACCCGUCUGAUCACGCUUACAAACGAUCUUCAUCCCAUAUCAGCUGCUUCUGACCCACGAGCUCUCGAUCUUGGAGCCGGAACCGGGUCUCUUACUCACUUGCUCUCGGAUGCCUUUCCUUCCUUACCCAUCCUCGCAACGGACAUAUCUCCAGGAAUGCUUGAAAAGUUGAUGGCGACAGGCGCCUUGGCCAACAAGAAAAAUGUCACCACACAAGUGGCCGACAUGAGUUCGCCUGUUGGUGGUGAAGUGACUGAAGGGUCCUUCUCUCAUGUCUUCAGCACGAUGGCUAUUCAAGUUCUCCCGAACCCAGCCGACGAAGGAACGCUUGGUAAAUGGGCUAGUCUAUUGCAGCCAGAUGGUGUGGUUGCAAUUGCGGUUUGGGAUUUUAAUGAGGUUUGUGGUCCUCACAGCAUUUGGACAGAAGCUGCAAAAGCUGUUGAUCCUUUCUAUGAGAGCCCACCACCACUGCCGCCGAGACACUGGUAUGGUCAUACACAAGUAGAAGAGGAACUGAAGAAAGUUGGGUUUAGGGAUGUUAUGAGCGAGGUUUUAGAUAUUGGGUUUAAUGUCGGGAAAGAGGGAUUCAUGCGAUUUUUUUGGGAAAGUGAGAACCCCAUGCCGAUUGAGAGGCUGGCGAGCUUCAAGGGUGAUUUAAGCAAAGUAAAGCUUGAGAUGGAUAGAUUGUUGGAUGAAAAGUAUGAUAGUGGAAAGAAGAUUCCUUUGUUUGCUGCGCUAGCUGUGGGCAAAAGGCCAGCGCAGACGUUAGAUUUCUGGGGUGAUGAAAACCUGUACGAGGAGCUUUACAAAUUCGUGCAUAUUUAG